CCUGUCCCCUUCUGUCACCAGUGCCUGUAAUCAGAGAGGGGUCACAUGUGAAGGAAGGGCCAGAUAUAGCAAUCAUCUGUAACUGUCCUUGAGAGACGAGAAACGACAAGAGACGCUGGGACAGAGGGCCGGCAACAUGAGGAAUUACCUGGUAAAUAAUGGGACUCUUCAUAUUGCAGCAUUAUGCACCCACUAACACUCACUGCAGAGUAUUACACCUUACACUGACCCUCUAACACACAAUGCAGAGCAUUACACCUUACACUGACCCACUAACACACAAUGCAGAGCAUCACACCUUACACUGACCCUCUAAUACACAAUGCAGAGCAUCACACCUUACACUGACCCUCUAAUACACAAUGCAGAGCAUCACACCUUACACUGACCCUCUAACGCACAAUGCAGAGCAUUACACCUUACACGGACCCUCUAACACACAAUGCAGAGCAUUACACCUUACACUGACCCUCUAACACACAAUGCAGAGCAUUACACCUUACACUGACCCUCUAAUGCACAAUGCAGAGCAUUACACCUUACACUGACCCUCUAACACAAUGCAGAGCAUUACACCUUACACUGACCCUCUAACGCUCAAUGCAGAGCAUUACACCUUACACUGACCCUCUAACACACAAUGCAGAGCAUUACACCUUAUACUGACCAACUAACACUCACUGCAGAGCAUUACACCUUACACUGACCAACUAACACAAUGCAGAGGAUUACACCUUACACUGACCCUCUAAUGCACAAUGCAGAGCAUUACACCUUACACUGACCCUCUAACGCUCAAUGCAGAGCAUUGCACCUUACACUGACCCUCUAACGCACAAUGCAGAGCAUUACACCUUAUACUGACCAACUAACACAAUGCAGAGCAUUACACCUUAUACUGACCCACUAACACACAAUGCAGAGCAUUACACCUUACACUGACCCACUAACACACAAUGCAGAGCAUUACACCUUACACUGACCCUCUAAUGCACAAUGCAGAGCAUUACACCUUAUACUGACCCUCUAACACACAAUGCAGAGCAUUACACCUUACACUGACCCGCUAACACUCACUGCAGAGCAUUACACCUUGUCCAAGCCGUUGGCAGUAGUUAGACAGACACAAAUCAUGGACAUUAUUUAGCAAUCUGUUCUUCAGUCAGUUCUUUGACUCUAAUAUUAUAUAAUAUUUACUGCAUAUAUUAUGUUUUAGAUCAUAUAAUAUAUAAGGCACAACAAGAAAUUAUUUAUUGCUGGUAGUGGCUUUGGGCCUAGUUAAUAAGACAGGUAUGUUUCCACCACAUGGGCCAACUAAAACUGUAUGAGUCUGCAGAGCAUUACACCUUACACGGACCCUCUAACGCACAAUGCAGAGCAUUACACCUUACACUGACCAACUAACACACAAUGCAGAGCAUUACACUGACCCUCUAAUGCACAAUGCAGAGCAUUACACCUUACACUGACCCUCUAACACACAAUGCAGAGCAUUACACCUUACACUGACCCUCUAAUGCACAAUGCAGAGCAUUACACCUUACACUGACCCUCUAAUGCACAAUGCAGAGCAUUACACCUUACACUGACCCUCUAACACACAAUGCAGAGCAUUACACCUUACACUGACCCUCCAACACAAUGCAGAGCAUUACACCUUACACUGACACUCUAACGCACAAUGCAGAGCAUUACACCUUACACUGACCCUCUAACACACAAUGCAGAGCAUUACACCUUACACUGACCCUCUAAUGCACAAUGCAGAGCAUUACACCUUACACUGACCCUCUAAUGCACAAUGCAGAGCAUUACACCUUACACUGACCCUCCAACACAAUGCAGAGCAUUACACCUUAUACUGAGCAACUAACACAAUGCAGAGCAUUACAUCUUAUACUGAGCAACUAACACAAUGCAGAGCAUUACAUCUUAUACUGACCAACUAACACAAUGCAGAGCAUUACACCUUACACUGACCCUCUAACACUCAAUGCAGAGCAUUACACCUUACACUGACCCUCUAACGCACAAUGCAGAGCAUUACAUCUUAUACUGACCAACUAACACAAUGCAGAGCAUUACACCUUACACUGACCCUCUAACGCACAAUGCAGAGCAUUACACCUUAUACUGACCCUCUAACGCACAAUGCAGAGCAUUACACCUUACACUGACCCUCUAACACACAAUACAGAGCAUUACACCUUAUAAUGACCCACUAACACACAAUGCAGUGCAUUACACCUUACACUGACCAACUAACACAAUGCAGAGGAUUACACCUUACACUGACCCACUAACACACAAUGCAGAGGAUUACACCUUAUACUGACCCUCUAACGCACAAUGCAGAGCAUUACACCUUAUACUGACCAACUAACACUCACUGCAGAGCAUUACACCUUACACUGACCAACUAACACAAUGCAGAGGAUUACACCUUACACUGACCCUCUAAUGCACAAUGCAGAGCAUUACACCUUACACUGACCCACAAACACACAAUGCAGAGCAUUACACCUUACACUGACCAACUAACACAAUGCAGAGCAUUACAUCUUAUACUGACCCUCUAACGCACAAUGCAGAGCAUUACACCUUACACUGACCCUCUAACACACAAUGCAGAGUAUUACACCUUACACUGACCCUCUAACACACAAUGCAGAGUAUUACACCUUUAUAUUGACCCACUAACAUAAUGCAGAGUAUUACACCUUUAUAUUGACCCACUAACAUAAUGCAGAGUAUUACACCUUUAUAUUGACCCACUAACAUAAUGCAGAGUAUUACACCUUUGUAUUGACCUACUAUAGAUGGUUGCAACAUUAUACUGACCCAGUAACAUACAAUACAGAGUUCAUAUUUAUUAAAUUGUUUUAAAAAUGGUGUAAAAGUGUUGGCUUUUCUCAAUCUACAUUCUGCCAUUUUAGAAAAGUUUUCGAGGUAGGGAAAAGUUGGGGAAAAUGCUUUCUAUGGGAUCGAGGUUCUAGGGAGAGUGACAAACUUUGACUCUAUAUGAAAUAUAAAACAAUUGUCAGGAGUCAGUACCCCAACACGCAAAACUUAGAUCAGGAUCUUUAGAAUUAAAGGACCACUAUAGUGCCAGGAAAACAUACUCGUUUUCCUGGCACUAUAGUGCCCUGAGGGUGCCCCCACCCUCAGGGACCCCCUCCCACCCGGCUCUGGAAAGGGGAAAGGGGUUAAAACUUACCUUUUUCCAGAGCUGGGCGGGGAGCUCUCUGCCUCCUCUCCUCCUCCGAUCCUCCUCCUGGGCUGAAUGCGCACGCGCGGCAAGAGCUGCGCGCGCAUUCAGCCCGUCGCAUAGGAAAGCAUUUACAAUGCUUUCCUAUGGACGCUUGCGUGCUCUCACUGUGAAAAUCACAGUGAGAAGCACGCAAGCGCCUCUAGUGGCUGUCAAUGAGACAGCCACUAGAGGAUUAGGGGAAAGGCUUAACCCAUUCAUAAUUAUAGCAGUUUCUCUGAAACUGCUAUAAUUAUGAAAAAAUGGGUUAACCCUAGAAGGACCUGGCACCCAGACCACUUCAUUAAGCUGAAGUGGUCUGGGUGCCUAGAGUGGUCCUUUAAUAAACGUAUUACCAGUCCUUCGAAUGGCCGGACUGAACGCGGGAUAGAGAGAAAAUCAUAACCAGGAACAAGUCAAGGUCAGGCUCACAGAGGUACGGAAAUACAAAUAAACUAGCCAAGGUCAGGAAUAUAGAAUGAUACAGAGUCAAUAACAAGACACGGGCAGGAAAUCAGGAAAAUGAUCGAUAACCAAAAUGGAAACCACGACUGCAAUAUAUACACAGGAGCCUUCUGAUUGGUCCACAUCACCCUGCGACCACAAAAUGUGUGAGUACAAAGUCACAGGAAUGACGUGGUACAAAACAUGCUGGAAGUGACGUCGCAGUUUGUUUAUAUUGACAGAGGGACCUCACGAGAGUCCCACUUUCUGUCCACUUCCUUCACACAAUGGCCUACCUCCCACAUAUACAGGAGUCAUGGCCUCUCAGUCAAAGUGCACAUCGCAUACAGAGAGACCGGACCUGUGUGUCAAUUACCCUAUAUAUAUGUGCCAAUAAAUAAAAUAAAACAGAUGCACAACUCACAUGUCACGCCACACAUAUUAAAUUCUGAUAAUCCCUCCCAACUCGUUUAUCACUGUUACCAAGAAUUAAACCAUAGAUUUACCUUUACGAGGUUUGUACGAGGAUACAUUGUAGUGAUCGCAAUUUAAUCUUUUUGAAUAAGCUUUUCAGACAAUUUUUUAUAAUUCUUUGUAAACUUUUAAAAUUAUUUAAUAUUUAGAUUAACGCUUAUCCAAAAAUAAUAAACCGAGGCCUUGAUCUGAAAACUCUUCAGUAACUUUGUGAGAUUAUCCAGAUAAAAAAAAUAAAAAAAUCCAAAACAGUAAAAAAAAAAAAAAAACAAUCCCCUCAAUCUGAUCUAAACUGUCCUCAUUCAACCUACCCAACUUACACGCCUGCCGGCUACUUACCAAGGCCAUCUCACUUAUUGGUCAUUUAGAAGUAAAGAACAUUAUUUUAGUUAAAUGCCAACAUUUUGCUUCCACAGUUUUACAAACUGGUGAAAUGUCUUUUAUUGAGAAUUCUUUACAAGUUAGAGGUUUGUUUCUACAAAUCAUCAUCUUAUUUCUUAUAAGGUUUUUGGACAGCGUCUUUCGAGGAGUUUCGCCACGUCAUCCCGUACGCGCAUCCAGAACAGAGUUAUUGAGAAACAAAAGAUAUUCCAGGUUAGACACAUCGUUAGAUUUCUAUAAUACUUGUUCAAGGCAAGUCACAAUCUAAUGUUUCACUGGUACAUAUAUAUAUAUAUUUAAUACAUUGCUAAACACAAAUACACACACCAGGCAAGCCAUAAGACUUGCUUUUCCCACAGAAAUCUCACUUUAACAGUGCCCUCAUUACUGCAAGGGAUUCUGGGUAUGCAAAUGAGCUCAACAAAGAACCACAUUUUUGACUCAUAAUCCACUUACUUCAGAUGGAAGGGGUUUCUAUCCACACUUUUUUUCCCCACCACAACUCUUUUGGUAUGUACUAUAUAUAUAUUGAGAGUGAUCUAGUACAAGAAAAUACCAACCUGCACUAGUUUCAACAUUAACCUGUAGGUGGCAGCAUGACACCUCAAAACUAAGGGCAAAAAACCUAAUGGAUCCACCAGUUACAGACUCUAUGAAACGGUAACUUUAGUAGGACCUUGGAUUGCAUUAUUAUCAUAUAAAAUGAUGUGUUUGGCCAGUGGGAGAGAUUUAUUAAAGUGAUCUGAAAUACUGCUUUUAUUUUUGGUCUCCAAACCGUUCAUAUUUAUUAAAUUGUUUUAAAAAUGGUGUAAAAGUGUUGGCUUUUCUCAAUCUACAUUCUGCCAUUUUAGAAAAGUUUUCGAGGUAGGGAAAAGUUGGGGAAAAUGACGGAAAGAAUGCAACGAAAAAAUGAAAAAUGAUUAUGGUUAGGGCACAAAAAAAGCAUCAAAACUAAUUAGAUUUUAGAAACUGUGCAAAAAAAUAAAUGCAAUAAAAAUCUGAACAAAACACAUAACUGUCUGUGACGCUUAUUGUCCUCGGGGUGUCAUUGGGUGGAGGGACCGGGGACACUAAACAUAUAUGGCUGUAGAGCCUUGCUGGUCCAGGGGGGCAAAGAAAUCUUACAGUGUUAUUCACUAAAUUCAGAUCUCAAAGUAAAUUUAAUUUUCAUGGCAAAAAGAGCCAAAAUGAAAAAAAAUAAUAAUAAUCACAAAAUGUUAAAUGACCCCAUACCGAAUUGAGCAAACUCAUUCGCUGUUGUAUGGGGCCAUUGCUGAAAAACUCAGAUAUGGUUCACUCCCCCAAAUGGGCCUUAAUUUAGUCCAGAUUAUAUCCGGACUGACUGCCACUGAACGGCUGAUAUCCGGAAGAACUGUUUCAAAUCCGGAGCCGGGAUCUACUAAUCCAAACUCAGAUUUUAAAAAAAUAUAUAAUAUUCCAAAUGUUAGCCUGCUGGCAGCACUACCAGCUAGUCAGCAAAUAGUUAAAAAAAAAAAAACCUUCUGUGGCGGAAGGGUUAAUUAUGUGAUGGUUUGCCAGCGCUUGCUAGGCAGCCGCAACAUUGAUAAAGAAAAAUCCAAUGGGGGUAAAUAAAACCCCAACAUUACUAUAAUGGAGGGAUUGUGUUUCUAUAUGCCAUAUGGCAGGUGGGGGCAUAUCUACCGAAUGUUAUAAAAAUAGCACCUGGGGCUUGAAAAUGAGAAUUUAUUUCUGUGGAGGUGCAGUGUGUGUGCGAAUGUAUGGAUCUACAUAUGGGGGGCACACUGUGACUGAAUGCUGGGAUUGGCCAUCUACUGGCUGUACAUUCCUAGCCACCAACAUGUUUGAAUAGAUUUUGCAUAUAUUUGUAUAUGAUGGUAAUGCAGACAGGAUUAGUCCCAGAAGAUUGGAAGUUAGCGAAUGUUGUACUGUGCUGCAGUUCUGUAGUAGUGUGUCCUGUCAUGUUAUUUCAGGGAUCCAGUAUCAGAUGCCCAGUCUACCCUGUUACAGUCUGUUAAGAGAGUCAGUGUGUAUCAAUGCAAGGGUUUAUUCAAGGGGAGACGUUUGUAUGGAAUGUCAGCAUGCCACUCUUACUGCUCAACCAUCACCAUCUAAAUCCAUUACCCCUAUCAAUAGCCCCCCUCCUACCCCUCACCAUUCCAAAUGUAUUAUUUUAGUUUCUUAUAUGUGAUUAUCUUUUCAGUUUGUUCCUGAUAGUCGUAGGUCUGGCAAAUUCUGUUCUGACAUUAUUUCCAUUUCUGAUUCCAGGAAGAUAACAACCUACCUGUGCAUACCAAAGGAGGGACAUCAGACGUCAUUUUAUUUCGCAUCACAAUGGGCAUAAGCAUUGCAGGUAAAGAUAUUCAAUCCUUUAUCCUGCUCUAUAUUCGUUAAAAAAUGUAUAUAUACAAAAGUCCCCAAAAAAACUGUAAAUGUCAGAUGGAGAAUCAGAGGAAAUAUAAACCAUAAAAUAUUCCACUAUUUAGAAAAUUGAAGCUCCAAUUCUAUGUCUUGCUGUUUCUGAGAUCAGUGUCCAUUAUAUAAUGUUUGUGUGUAGUCUGCAAAGCAUUGUAUGAUACUACGUACAGUGUGCGUGCCAUUGAAUAUCUAUAUACUGUAUGUGGUCCCGUGUGCUAUCCAUGUACGGUUUGCACGAUGUUGUAUGAUAGCCCUGUAACAUAUAUGCAUUAUUUAUGUGUUUCAGGAACAUGUCUUUCCUUGUUUGAGCUGUUUAAGGCGGCAAGACCCAAGCACGCGAAAUGAGUCCAUAUCGUCUAUGGUUACAGAUUAUCUGCUGUGAAUAGAAAAAUGUUUUAUUAAAAUUCCAAUAAUCUGCCGUCUGUGUGAAUGAUUGUUCCUACA